CAGCCCGUUUAGCUAUUGCCUACCGUCGACCUACCCAAGGCUCACUUUUCUCAGUGCUUAUCCUCGAUAGCCUCGUCCUGAUCUGCAAUUGCACCAUGUGUCGAGUCAAGCACCAAGUCUGCACCACAUCUAGCUCGUCACGGCCCGCAACUGCAAUGCGCCUCGUCCCCAAUCUGCUCUUUUGCCAUCCGUUUUCGAGAUGCUCUCCUGUUUUGACCGUUCAACUUUCGAUAGAUGUUUAGUCCCCAGGUGAAACACUUCUGGUCUGCUUGACUCCUGUAUGCACUUCUGAUAUAAGACUCCAUCCUCUCCUCUCACAUCUACGCCAUAUUCUCCGCAAGUCAUUCUCUCGUUGUGUGCUACUAUUCCACUGACCAUUUCCAUUCUUUCAUCCAUCUAUUAUCCACUCAUUAAUAACUAAUCACCAUGCACACUGCUACUCUCCUUAUCCCCAUCCUUGCCGCUCUGGCACAGGCAUCUCCUCAGUCUGCUCCCAAGACCAACGACUAUGCUUCUAUGCCUGGUGCUGGUGAGGGCCAGGCUCAAGCCAGAGCUCAGAUGAAGGCUGCCGGUCAACCUGUUGAUGCCGGAAUGGCUGGCUCCAACAGCACCAUGAGCGCCUCAAGCUCUGCUAUCUACCCUACCUCAAUGCAAAAUGCAACCAUGACUGCAUCAUCCACAUUCAGCUCCUCCAUGGCUGCUUCUUUGACCAGCUCCAUGAUCAGCUCGAUGAUUAGCUCUUCGGCCACUUCUUCUGGUCCCGCCACAGACUACUCUAACAUGCCUGGUGUUGGUGCUGGGCAGUCUGCAGCUAAAUCUUCUGCUGGUUCUACCGGUACUGCUGCUUUCCCCUCUCCUUCCUCUACCAUCAGCUCUUCCGCAAAGUCUACAACAAUCAAGGCAUCUUCAACCAAGAAGAGCUCCAGCUCUAGCUCAGCCAACGCCGCCUCAACUGGCUUUGCUGGUAUGCCCGGUGCUGGCGCUGGUGAAGCUUCUGCCAUUGCCUCUGCUCAUUCCGCCGGUCACCCCGUUGCGGCCACAAUUCCUGCUGCUUCUUCUUCCACCAAGAAGGCCAGCUCGAGCACAAAGAAGAGCAGCAGCAGCAGCACUAAGAAGUCUGUUUCCACCGGCUUUGCCGGCAUGCCCGGUGCCGGUGCUGGUGAGGCUUCUGCCAUCGCAUCAGCCCACUCCGCUGGACACCCUAUCUCGGCCACUAUCCCCAAGCCCUCAUCUACCUCUACCAAGAAGAUGAGCACUUCUACCAAGCACACCAGCAGCAGUGUCAAGAAGCCCGUCACCAGCUCAAAGAAGGUCACUUCCACCAAGAAGAGUACUUCCUCCAAGAAGGCUGCUUCAAGCACUCACAAGCCUUCUUCCACCGCGCACAAGGUCUCCUCCAAGAAGGUCUCUGUUUCCACCAAGAAGCCUGCGUCUACUCUCAAGACUACCACCAAGCCCAAGUCUAGCUCUAAGAAGACCACUGCAAAGUCGACCAAGAAGAGUACUAGCUCCAAGAAGGCUGUCUCCACCAAGAAGUCUUCCUCCACCAAGAAGUCUUCCUCUACUAAGAAGUCGUCGUCGACCAAGCACGCCACUUCCACUCGCCGCGCAUAGAUUGUCCGCAGCGGCCGUAGUAGUGUUAGGGAUAGACAUGAAGGUGGCCUGAAAGCAGAAGAAAGUUGACGAUAGAAAGUGAGGAGAAGUCAUACAUAGCAUACGUUGGAGUUUUUCGAGGACGUUUAAACUAAUGUUUUUAUUUUUAUUUUGUCAAGAUCUAGACUAUUUCAAAAGACUGUUAGUAGAGGACGAAGCAGUUCAAAAAGAAACCAUUCAUUCAUGUCUCGAACCAAAUCAAGUUCGUGAAAAGAUUACCUAGAUGUCAGGCUUUGCUUGCCGACUUGCUCAACCUCUUGCAUCACUUUCCAUCGCCUCUUGAAGGUGUGUGGUUGAUAUU